UAUCUCACCACACAACUGGCUACUGGGAUCUUUCUGACGAUUCUAUCGCCAGUAACAGUGAUAAGCAACGCGUUGCUACUUUUUACCAUCUUCAAAGAUCCUCUCAAAUGUUUCCGCACUUCUCCAACUUAUUUUAUUGUCGCCUUAGCCCUGGUGGAUCUGAUAACUGGCAUUUUCAUUGAACCGUUUUUCAUAAUGGAUCGGUUAGUUCGUUACAUCACGUGGUCGACUAGGCUAGUCAGCGAACCGUAUAAAAGCCUAUCGUUUUUCGGUGGUAUGUUCUCUUACGUGGGUCUCAACGCGUCUUUUCUCCUCGUCCUUGGAUUAAUCGUCUCACAGUUCAUCGCAAUAACCUACCCGCACCGCUAUCGUGCAAUCGUGACAACUCGCGGAGUUCUUGCGUGUGCCAUCCUUUCGUGCGUGUACUUCACCGGGUUCAUUUUACUACAGUACGUGGGUGUUCCACUAGCGACUCUGUCUAAAGUGGAUCUCCACCUUCAUUCAACACUCAUCACGGUUCUACUAAUAUCAAGCUCGUUGCUGUUAUUGAUAUCGUUUCACAAAUUUGCGGAAACGUCUCGACGCAUCACAACGCAAAACUCAGAAACUCGAUACGCGCGCGGCGGACACGAGAGAAAGAAUCCGCGCAACAGAAUCAGCCAAAGGCAAUUUACCAUUGUAACUUUAAUUUUAUCAGGAAUUCUCAUUGUAUGCUCCAUUCCUCACAUCGUGUUAGUACAUCUCCGUUUCUACAUGAAACAAGAGACGCUACAAGAGCGUCUUGAUUUAUUUGCCUUUGUCAAAAUUGGAGAUGAGAUGAUGUUUGUCAAGGUGGCCUUGGAUGCGUUUAUUUACGCAUGGAGGCUGGCUAAAUACAGAAGAUCACUGAAAAUUGUACUGGGGUGUAAUGCGAAUCAAGUGAGCCCUGAUGCUACUGAGAUAAGAACAAUGGACAACUUUACUUUCCAACAGCCAAAAUCGGAAUCGACAUCAACGACACUAGUUCAGACUUGAAAAGUUUCGAAGAUAAACGGAUUCAAGUCUUGGAUACCCUCUCUCUUCUUUGUAUAAAUUGAAGUAUUGAGUGUUGAAAUGCCCAAGAAAAUACCUCUACGGCUUCCCUAUAGUAUUAAGACACAAGUCAAUUAGCCUGCAAGAUACUAGCUUGUACUGGCAGGCUUUCAGAUAGUAGGGAGAUCAGAAAACUGGCCAAGCAAAAAUAAGACGUGCUUGAUCUAGGGAAGGGAUGGUACCUUUUCUCUCCCCAACGCCCCCCCCCCCCCCCCCCCCGCGCGUUUUUCUCAUUAGUUUUCACGAUCUCUCCACAUUUACUAUUAUAGAGCCUACAACAUGUUAGUAGGAUACCUGCAAUAUGACAACGCACUACCACUUCACCGUCUGAGUCUGGACUUCCUGUCUUAGCGAGAGACUAAUUUCAGGCGGGUUGGCCCCCACUCCUUUUAAAUGGGCUGGGUACCCCCUGAUUAGAGCAAAGUUUGGGUAUUUCAAGGUGCACGGUUGAAGAAGAUGAUCAAGUUAGAUACUACAUUCCAUAUCAAUAGAGCAUCUAUGACAACAUACAAGAUGAAUUCCAAGUGUUCCUCGAGGGGCAAUGUUCAAACCCUUAUCUUUUCUAGAAAUGUCCAUCAUAAAACGCAACACACAUUAUACUGUUUAUAUAGAAAUUAGCCUAAAAUACAGAGAUUUUAAAAAUGGAUGCUUUGGACGUGAUUUGUAGCAGGCAAUUAGCAUGUAGAGCAAUCGUCAACAAGAACUAUCGAAAACAGAAUGGGAAGUAAAUAUUGCCUAAAAUUUUUUAUAACUUGAGGACAGCUAAAAAUUUCUAGAUGACCGUUCCAUUCAUGUACAAUUUUGGAAGCUUACCACAUUUCACUUUAUAGGUUGGGAUAUUUUUCGUAGAAAAAGGAAACCUAAAAUUUUCGGAUUCAAAAAUGUGAUGGGGAGAGGAAUCAGAAAACUUCUCACUGUCAUAAUAAAUUAAAUAAUUUACAUCUAAUUGACGAUGUAAAUUUGAGCGCAGGGGACGGCGGGAAGGAGAAGGCCUCUAUAUUCUUUCCCCUUCCUGUGGUCCGUCACGCUUUGUAGCAGUCAGUCGCAUCUGGCGCUCGCCUUUGUUCGGGACCAAAGCGGGCGAUAAACGAAACAAUUAUGGAGGAGGCAGUUCCAGUAAAAUAUGAAGAUACUCAUAAGCGCAUAGGGGUGAAAUGACUCUAUGGGUGGAUUUCCAACGUCGCGUAAUUCUUACGUGCGUACUCACGGAAAUUUUACCCGCGUAAAUAAAAUAGAAGGAAUGUAUUAAAUUUGCGCUUAAACGUAAAAGUUGAGCGAGGUUCAACUUUUACGCUCAACCCUUCAUACGUUGCCUACAUUUUAUUUACGCACGUAAAAUUUACGUGCGUACACGUGUAAAAAUUACGCGACUCUAACUUGGCGUAUAUGAUCAUCGAGAGGAAGCCUGAAGCAGUUUUGGGUAGAACGCAGCUUAGUGAGUUAGCUCAUGAUUAUUUUAAUUGAGCAUCAUGCAAAGAGAAAUCAGCCGAAGUACAGAUUUUUCAACAAGCGAUGUUUCUUGUUUGUUCACAACUUUUUUUUGCUGUAUUAAGGUGGAUAGAUGGAAAAAAAAAAAGAAAAGAAAAAAAAGAAGUGAAAUUGCGAGUUCACUGCCUGGGCAAAAUACUAAAGUACGAGGGGCCUAGGCUAGGGAGAAUAAGGACAGAAGUGGAAAAAUAGUUGAAAAGUUUUCCAAGUUUGACAAUGCUGGGAGAAGGCACUGAAAAAGCUCCGAUUACGGUUUGAUCUUAUGUCAUAAUGCGAACUCUUAAAACACUGUAAAGAGCCAAUAUGAUCGGCAUGUUCAUAAUAUAAAGUGUCUUUUCGCUGUAUAAGUUGUAUAAUAAAUGUAUGGAAUGUGAGGAAAACGUGUCGUGUUGAGCUAGAUGCUAGUUCUCGUUCCGUUUGCUAAAUCUUCCGAACGCCGCCAAUAAUAAAACUUCGCGGUCAAACAUUCGAAAAAGGAAAAAAUGAAAAACAGUUCCAUGUGUCUUGUCAUUGGAAAACUGGCGUCAAGUAAGAGCUAGUUACCUAGGUUGCCAGAGGCUUUUCAUGCGCGGUUUCCGGUUUCGGUCGAGUCAUUCUUUGGUAGAAGAUCUUCGGCCGAAACCGAGGCAUCUUGCUAAGUGGGUGUAAAAAACCUCUGGUACGCAGGAUAAGAGCUAGUAGGCUAUGAGCUCUAAAAUUGUGUCUGUAGGAAAGCACAUUUUCCUCUAACCGAAACAGCAAUGUUUUGCCCUGGAUUAACGAUCCCUCAAUGUCGAAGUCGCAUAUUGUAAUAUUAGCUAAGUAAAAAGUUGUUUCAGAAAACCUCUCCCAUCCACAGGCUUUUCCUAGACUUACAGACAGGAAGCGAAGCGCGGCGGUGAGUUGGAACGAGUGCAGAUUGCGAAUGGAGGAUGAUAGAAACUAGCGCAGCUCUAGAGCGGAGAGUGAUGGGAAGGAAAAAGAGGUCUCUCCCUUCGUUGCCCCUUUUCUCAAUAAUCAACUCAAAUAUUCCCAGAUAAGCGAUCGAGAAGGUUUUGGGAAAACAGAAUUAUGGGCUACGACCGAGCUUGUUGGGAAAACCAAAUCAGGGCCAGUUCGGUUAUGUAACUGUCAAUCGCCAACGUAAUACCAGUGGGACACACGAGAGCCGAAAGUUUGUGUCGUCGCAAAUGGUCGGUGGUGGCGGGGAUGGUGUGGGCUGGGGAAGGGACGAAUUGUCUUUAGACCUUCCCCUGAUGAAGGAAGGAGACUAGAUCAAGUCGAAUCUUACAUGUUGUGGGGAAAACCUCAGAACACCUGGGUAAACAGUAAAUUUCUUGUGUCAUAGAGAUGCUAAACCAAUCUCAUUUUACGUAAAUACUUAUCCCAAAGUAAAACAAAAACUUCUGCUUAUUGAACUAUUAACUGUCACGCAAAACAUGGUAGUUUCUUUGUAAUUAACUAAACCAACAAAGUUAAUGUUAUCUGCCUCCUUUCUUUCUAUGUAAGAUAGUUUUUUAACGAAAGUGUCAAAUGAAUGCUGCAACACCUGCAUCCAUAUGACAGAUAUUUUAAAAAGUGAUGAGCAAUUUAUCAUUUUUAUCAUAAUUUCCCGUUCCUUGGCAAAUCCAAAUUGAAUUGUGAGUUAUUGAAACGGAACUGGUCAAUUUUCAAUUGCAUUUUAAACUUGACAUAGAUAUAAACAAGUAUAGGCCUAUUGGAUGGUAUAUAUCAAAAAGGAAAAUUGUUAAAACAUUUGUGACAAAGCUCGGGUUUGGUAGGAAAAAGAGUAAUUAGCUGGCUAGAACGGAGCAUAAACUGCCCUUAACCGCCCUAAGAAUCACCCUUUAUUCCACAUCAAGUUUUGAACUUUAAGCUCAGAGGUGGUGGAUUUGACGCGGUGAAAGUGGCGACAAGAAUCUUCUAAUCUAUUUACUAACUAUGAAGAAAUGCUGAAGGAAUUGCAAUGAUGUGAACUUUUAAUCAUCAGAAGUCGAAGUCUGUACAACAAGCAAAGCCUAAUAACUUCUCAGCACCAGGUACUGUACGUGCAUAAGAAAACAAGGCACAGACUGAAUCAAAGAUCACCUCCCAAAAGAUUUCCUGGUCUGGCAGACUGGCUUAUUGUGGGAAAAGAAGGGAAACACAGCUGUGAAUUUGUCCACAGCUCUCAAGUUUUGUUGCGACCAAUUCGCAGCGUACUUAAUAGCAGAAACGGUUGCGGAUUGUAGGCUGCUUGUAGACUUGCAGGUGAUCGAUAUAUAAAUUGGUACAUAAACUGAACCGACAAAGGACUUCGUUUUGCGCAUUGAUCGUUACGGUGUAUAGGUGUAAGUAAGCGAAAACUUGAAAUUAACUCAGUGAGUAUUGCACUGACAUAGGCUAUCCUCUGUCUCGGGGUAACUCAUUAUACAACAUUAGUUCACCCACUUGAAGACCUCGGCGCGCCAUGAACAACAACACAAACUCCUCAAGAACAGAUCUGACGUUUUAUCUCACCACAGAACUGGCUACUGGGAUCGUUCUGAUGAUUCUAUCGCCAGUAACAGUGAUAAGCAACGCGUUACUACUUUUUACCAUCUUCAAAGAUCCUCUCAAAUGUUUCCGCACUCCUCCAACUUAUUUCAUUGUCGCUUUAGCCCUUGUGGAUCUGAUAACUGGCAUUUUCAUUGAACCGUUUUUCAUAAUGGCUCGAUUAGUUCGUUACAUCACGUGGACUAGGCUAGCUAGCGAACCGUAUAAAAGCCUAUGGUUUGUCGGUGUUAUUUUGUCUUACGUGGGUCUCAACGCGUCUUUUCUCCUCGUCCUUGGAUUAAUCGUCUCACAGUUCAUCGCAAUAACCUACCCGCACCGCUAUCGUGCAAUCGUGACAACUCGCAGAGUUCUUGCGUGUGUCAUCCUUUCGUGCGUGUACUUCACUGGGUUCAUUUUACUACAGUACGUGGGUGUUCCACUAUCGACUCUGUAUAAAGUGGAUCUCCACCUUCAUUCAACACUCAUCACGGUUCUACUAAUAUCAAGCUCGUUGCUGUUAUUGAUAUCGUUUCACAAAUUUGAGGAAACGUCUCGUCGCAUCACAACGCAAAACUCGGAAAUUCGAUACGCGCGCGGCGGACACGAGAGCAAGAAUCCGUGCAACAGAAUCAGCCAAAGGCAAUUUACCAUGGUAACUUUAAUUUUAUCAGGAAUUCUCAUUGUAUGCUCUAUUCCUCACAUCGUGUUAGUACAUCUCCGUUUCUACAUGAAACAAGAGACGCUACAAGAGCGUCUUGAUUUAUUUGCCUUUGUCAUAAUUGUAGAUGAGAUGAUGUUUGUCAAGGUGGCCUUGGAUGCGUUUAUUUACGCGUGGAGGUUGGCUAAAUACAGAAGAUCACUGAAAAUUGUACUGGGGUGUAAUGCGAAUCAAGUGAGCCCUGAUGCUCCUGAGAUAAGAACAAUGGACAACUUUACUUUCCAA